AUGCUUCCGGCAGAUGAGAAGACUCCUGAGCGGGAGUUUAUAGACAACACGAGUCUGCAUGGCUUCAACAGGAUUCACCACCCGAACCCCGUCAUCCGUGCAGUAUGGAUCAUGGCGAUGCUCGGAGCAUACGCAGGCUUCAUCUACAUGGCCGUAGAGAUGAUUGACUCUCACAAGCUGACGUGGGAAGAGUGGUCAAUCCUGUCAACGCUGCUGUACGGUACCGCCAUGGACGUGCCCACUCUGCAGGCCUUCCUGGGGCCAACCUUCAACACGAUCAACAGGACUACCAGCGGGACUGUAGCUAACGCAACGUCCAUGAACAUGGCUGACGCCGUACGGAUGAAGGGGUUCGACAUCUCCCCUGCCCGGAUGUACCUCUGCAUGUUCGGAGGCGGACCCUGCACUGAGAUGAAUUACACCCACUCCUUCAGUGCGUACGGGAACUGUUACACCUUUAACGCAGACGCCGCCAACCCGCUGGACCAGACCAUUCCGGGCUGCAGAACGGGAUUCAGUGUUCUUGUUGACGUCAUGGCGGACUCCUACACAGAGACCAUGGCUGCAGGCGGACACACAGACGUGGGACUGACGUUCCAGAUCCACGACCAGAGCGAACCGCCCAUGGUGGAGACUCACGGACUGGCCAUCCAACCUGGUGUACACAGCUUCGUACCCAUCAAACGGACAGAGGUGGGGAUUUACGGGCAGGGUAGUGGAUAA